AUGUUAAUCGUCAAAUAUACAAUUCUUGCCGUCUUCGCAGUGCUCGCCUUAGGCGUGGCAACAAAACCCUCAACAUUAGCACCAUAUUGGCAUUUUGGGCCACAACAACAAGGUCUAACUCUUGAGGAAGGCAUCAAGCAAUAUUUUGAAGAGAAAACCAAUGUGCUACAUGUAAGGGUUCACUUGAAAGAGGCUGUCUUUUGGAAGUAUGUUAUUCUCCACCAUCUAACGGACGCUUUACGAAAUUCCACUAAACUCACUUUUCGCAUAACCAUCGGUGAUAAGUAUCUACGCAAUAAUAAAGAUUAUCUACAUAAUUUGUGGUAUGUGGACUCGUAUGAGGCAUUGAACAACAUUUUACCAUACAAAAAGACGGAUUUCAACAGACGCCCAGGCUAUUACGCGAUUAUCUUAGAACAAUUCAAGGAAUCUAAUGCGCAAUGGCAUAUCCAAAAAAUUCUGGAGAAAAUGUUCUCACUCAAUAUUAUCGACGUAAUCAUUAUAAGACCGAACUCCGAAGGGAAGCCAUUUGCAGUGUACUCUUUUGAAAUUUUCAGCAAAGAGCACUGUCGUGUCGUGAGACCAAUAAUUAUAAAUCGUUUCGUAAAUGGACGUUUCGACAAUCGUGAGCUGUUUCCAAAUAAAUUGAGGAACUUUCAUAAUUGCACCAUACGCGUGUUAUCACGUGAUGUACCGCCAUUUUUCACAUACCAUAAACAAGACGAUAACGGUACUAUAAUAAUGAAAGGUUUCGAAGCGAAACUAUUAAACGUCAUCGCCGAACAUUUGAAUUUUCGCAUAGAACCCGUUAUAAAUCCCGAUUACUAUAGCGGUGACGUCUAUCCUAACGGUACCACAACAGGUCCCUACUAUCUGCUGGAUAAAAAUUAUGUGGACGUACUUAUGGGUUACUUUUUCUAUACGGCACAAAGCAUUGCCUUUUUAGAGGAGAGCUUAUCGUAUUUCACGACCGCCUUAGUUGUUAUUGUUAAGCAUCAUCCGCCUCCCGACAACCCUUUGUGGAUGUUGGAUCCCUUUCAGUUGGGUACUUGGUUAGCGCUGCUACUAAUGAUUGCCACCGUUAUUUUAUUUAUGUGUAUCCUACAUUUACGCUAUCAUUACGGUAAUUGGUUGGAUAUCAUUGGCAGCAUCUUCGGUGAACCACGUGCGGUUUUAACCAGAAACUACUUCGCACGCUUCGGCAUUACUUACUGGUACAUCGGUUUCAUAUUCAUCAACAGCGCUUAUCAAGCGAAAUUAUUCGUCACCUACAAUCAGCCAACACCUGGCUUGCCACACACCAUAAACGACUUGCAGCGCAAUAAUUUCACAUUUUUGGUGCACAAAGAAAUGAAUCUGAAAUAUUGGAUGCCCGAAAUAAAUGUACCGAUGAACCGUUUAAAAUUUAUUAAUACUUCAGAGGUGAGUUCGGUACUUGAAGAGCUCCUCAAUUCCACUGGCAAUGUGGCAACACUGACCACCAUUCCGCGUAUGCAUUACUUUGAACGUAAGCGACAGUUGAGUGCCGUUUUCGAUCUGGUGCCCGAAACAGUGCAACUACCGGAGAUUUGCGCAUACUUUCAACAUCAUUCAUAUCUCGUAAAGCCCUUCAACAAUGUUAUUUCGAUGAUGCGUAGCAGUGGCUUAAUUUCACGUUGGUAUGACAAUGCUUUAACGGACUCCAAUGGACAAUUGGAAAUACAGAGAAGCGGUAAUCCGAAAAGUUUGGAUUUGGAAAAAUUGGCUAUUGUUUUCUUCUUACUCUUUUGCGGUCAAGCUGUUGCUUUUAUUGUAUUUAUCAUCGAAGUAAUUAUUGCACGCAAUAAGAAAUAA